CGCGCCGACGCCGAAGGGACAUGAAAUCCGCACGGGUGUUGGACUUUGUCUCUGUCGACGUCUUUGAAAGCGACUGGGUGACUCAAAGGAUCGGGAAAGGACAAGUUGGCUCAACACGCGUUCGACGCCACCACAAAUGGCAAGGAUUGCACAAAGACAAAGCCCGCGAAAUGGCCCCCUCGCCUGCUCUGUUUGCGUGUGCAAGAGGACGCACGGAAGUCAAGGUCCCGUUGGCAUAACUCGGUCAUGCACAUGGAGUGCUAGGGCGACGGACGCGAAACUUGAGGGGGUGCGAUAAUGCAGCUUGGACAUAAUCGCAGAUUCAUCGUCCGAGGAACGCCUCGGCCGGUCCCCUUAAGGAUUGCUUCGAAGUCACAGCGACUGCACGAGUUGCGAAGCUCAUUUUGUACACUUCAACGUGUUGGCACCUUCCGACGUGCGCAUCGCUCAUUCAAACCAUCGGACACUUUCCGCGUUUUAGAACUCGUCGCGGUGCCGCAGUGUGACUCUCUUGCAAGUAGUGCAAACGAGGCAUGCGGCCCCGGUCAAGUCGAUUGCGCGGUGCACAUAUUCCGAACCCGCUCGUUGAAUGGAGCAUCGACCGCACGGGGAGAAAGCGUCGUGGUGCUCGCAUUCAAGACGUUCUUGCAUGCUGCCGACGCCGCGUGUCACGUCGACACAUGACUUCCUUCGGC